AUGGUGUUGUCACAACGGCAACGAGAGGAGCUGAACAAAGCGAUCGCCGAUUAUUUGGGCAGCAAUGGCUACACGGACGCGCUGGAAGCGUUCAAGAAGGAGGCCGAAAUGACCGGCGAGAUGGAUCGCAAGUUCGGCGGCCUGCUGGAGAAGAAGUGGACCUCCGUCAUCAGGCUGCAGAAGAAGGUUAUGGAAUUGGAAUCGAAGCUUUCUGAGGCUCAGAAGGAGUUCAUGGAGGGCGCCCCCACUCGAGGCAAACGCACGCCAGCUGAGUGGAUCCCCCGGCCCCCCGAGAAGUUCUGCCUCACCGGACACCGGGCGACCAUUACGAAGGUAAUCUUCCACCCGGUGUUCAGUUUGAUGGUGUCUUCGAGCGAGGACGCGACGAUCCGCGUUUGGGAGUUCGAGAGCGGCGUGUACGAACGAACCCUUAAGGGGCACACCGAUUCCGUUCAGGACAUCGCAUUCGACCAUCAUGGCAAGCUGCUUGUUUCGUGCAGCGCGGACAUGUCGAUCAAGCUGUGGGAUUUCCACCAGACUUUCGAGUGCAUAAAGACUAUGCAUGGCCACGAGCACAACGUGUCUUCAGUGGCGUUCUCGCCCAGCGGCGAUUUGGUCUACUCGGCUAGCCGGGAUAAGACCAUCAAGGCCUGGGAUGUGGCCACCGGGUACUGCGUGAAGACUUUCAAGGGUCAUCGCGAGUGGGUGCGCAUGGUGCGCGUUUCGGGUGACGGGAGCCUCCUCGCUUCUUGCUCCAACGAUCAAACCGUUCGCAUUUGGAAUACGGACAGUAACGCCAACGAGUGCAAGAUGGAGCUUCGCGAGCACGAGCACGUGGUCGAGUGCGUGGCGUGGGCUCCGGAGGCGGCGGCCGCGGCCAUCAACGAGGCGGCCGGCGGGGACAACAGGCGCGCCAACCACGCAGGGCCCUUCCUCGCCAGCGGCUCGCGCGACAAGACCGUCAAGAUCUGGGACGUGAGCACCGGCCAGUGCCUGGCCACGCUCGUGGGCCACGACAACUGGGUGCGGGGCGCCGCGUGGCACCCGGGCGGCCGCUACCUGCUCACCGCAUCGGACGACAAGACGCUGCGCGUGUGGGACGUCGCGCACACGCGCUGCCUCAAGACCCUCUACGCGCACCAGCACUUCGCCACCAGCCUCGAUUUCCACAGGAGCUUGCCAUAUGUGAUUUCGGGCAGCGUCGAUCUGACCGUCAAAGUUUGGGAGUGUCGC